AUAAACACCGAACUGCCGAUCUUUGCUCCGUCCCACCUGCUCCGCUAUGGCGCCCAUCGCAGCUCGGGCACUUUCACUCGCGCUGCUCUCGCUCUCCUUGGCCCGCGCGGCGCGAGGACCGCUUUGCUCCUGCGAUUGCUGUGGCGUUGCACGCCGCCGCGCUGAUGAGCGCACGGAUCCGUACGAAGGAAUGAAGUGUGCACCCGCAGAGGGCCACAGCCCAGAGCUCUGCGGCAGCCAAUGUCGACCCUCCAAGGAGGUUUUAGGCUUCCUGGCCAAGGAGGAGCUCUUGGACUCUGCACGCUUUUGCUUCUAUGAGUGCAAGCCUCCGUUUGGUGCUGCCUUGGCCGCGCAAUGUUUGCCCCUGAAAGCCUCCGAGCUGAAAGAGGCGCUGGACAGCGAUGGCAACGCCAUGGAUCCGGCCUUCCUCUACGCGCGCCGCGACGCUUCGUCCACGGCGCUCGCUGCCGAGCCGGUGGACGAAGCGGACGCCGACGACGGCAAGGCCAAGAAGCUGGCUUUGAAAGGCCGAAAAGCCGUGAAAGAGCUGAAGAAUGCCACGGAGGACGUGAAGGAUCUUUGGGACUCGGAUGUGGCCAAGGAGGCCCACGCCGCCGACCCGCUGGCCGCAGCUGGCCGCGCGCGGGACGCGGCGGAGGAGGCGGAGGAUGCGGCGGUGCAGGCGCAGCGCGAGGCCGAGAGAAGCAUCGAGGCCUUGAAGACUGGCCGCAACCGCACGUGGAUGGCGGCCAUGUGGCAGGCCAACGAGGCCCUGAACUUCAUGAAGCGCAACGACUUCAGAUUGGCCACGGCGCAGCAACAAAGCCACACCCCCAUUGCUUGGCGCUUCCGUGCAGCCGAGGCGGCUCGCACCGCCGCGGCACCCUACUUGCAGGCCCAUCAGCACUAUGCUGAGACUGUUCCCAGCCUCCAGCGGCAGGCGGCGCUCCGGAGCAGUGAGGAGGCGCAACGCCUGCAGCGCGAGGCUGAGAGGUUGAGCACACAGGCCUCGGUGCUCCGUCACCGGGGCGACGCCUCGCGCGCGGCGAUCGUCGAGCGCUCCGCCCAAGCGCUGCAACGGCGCGCAGAGGCGGAGGAGCUCACCUCCCAAGAACAUUUGGAUGCUGCCAGGGCCAGCCUCAAAAAGAGCGAAGACGAAGGCUUCAUGGAGCAUGCUCAGGUGGCGGCAGAGCAGGCGGUUCAAGCGGUGAAGCUACCCAAGCGUUACCAGUUGGCCUUGGCACCAGAUCCCUUGCGCAACUGGGCGCCCACGGCACCACAUCCGCUGCCCUGAUGCCAGGCCUGCUCACUCCGCCCUCAGCGUGGAGGAAAAUGUCGCUGUUUGGGUGGAGGGGCUUCUGCUUCGGGCGUUCCAGGUUGGGAGGUCGGUCAAAUUUGGAAUGGACGGGUUCAGCGAGCUGGGGGGGGGGGAAAGGUUCCCCGAAGAAUCGAGCGAGCUGGGGCGGAUCCAUUAGGAUUUUGAAGAUGUUUUACGCCUGAAUGUAAAUCUUCCGUACAUGGAUUGUCAGGGUCCCUGGGGUCUUAAGAAGAUCCGCAAACUUCGGACAUUCACCGUCGAGGUGCAAGCCCUUAGAACAGUAGGUCGAUUCUACACACCUUGAUCAAUAGGGACCUUUAAGAUUCUGCUUCAUACAUCAUCAUACCCCGACCAUCCAUGGGACUGAAAUCUGUUUACC